GCAAAGGGUGUGCGAGGAUCCGAAGGGGUCUUUAAGGCGUUUCAUCAAGACAGGCCCGUCGGAGAACGCUGUAUCCUAGAUAGUUGCUUAAAGUGAAGAGCGAUGUAGUUUUACUCCGCAAGCAUAUUCCGAAGUGUUUUCAUCUGUCACCUGGUGAAAGGCUACAUAGACAGCACUGGACUGCAGUAGAAAACAGAAGACAUAAUUUUAAUAACCUGAUGGAGAAAAAAGUAAAAGGCAGUUUAAAGUGUACAAAGAUUCAGAAAUUACACACUGCUAAGGAAGAUGCAGUUAGACAAUUUGUUUCUCCUUAUCUUGUUGGAACUCGGUGUCGGGAUGGCAGGCAUCGGAUCUCUUAUCGUGUUGCAUACACUUGGAACCGAGGUGGAAGGUUAAAAGAAAUCCGUAUUAGACACUUGGCUAGAAAAUUCCUUUACAUGUGGAUAAGGAGGGCCUUUGGAAGAGUUCUCCCAUCACGUGCAAGGUACUAUCAUGAUCGGAAGAUGCUGCAGAAAACCUUUGGCGAAUGGAAGGAAGAAUGGUGGACUGUUUGCAAAGAAUGGAAACUUACCAUCAGGGCUGACUGUCAUUAUAGGUAUUUCCUGUACAACCUGGUCUUUCGGUUUUGGAAGUCUUACAUAUUCCAUCAGAGAGAGAAGAAGAAGAAAUACUGUGUUGCAGAGGCUCAUGCCAAAAAGAAGAAAACACUUCAGGCAUGGUGUCAUUGGCUGAGCUAUGUGGAAAUGCGCCACAUGAAGCAUAUGAUGCAUUUGGAAGCAUUCAGAUUCAAGGAAGUGAGCGCCUUGCGCAUGCCAUGGAAAUUGUGGAGGAGGAAAUGGUGCCAAAUCCAAAUUAGCUGUGAAAUGGACGCUCAGGCUGUACAACACUGGGUCCUGGGCUUGCAGUUUCGGGCCUGGCUGCAGUGGAAGGAAGUCUAUUCAUAUAUACAAAAUAUGAAAGAGGAGGAAGCCAGGGCACUGAUGCAUUACCGGUAUAAAAAGAUAUUUAAUUAUUUGAAAUCCUGGCGUGUCUACGUGCAUCUCCGAAGAGAGAAGAAGCAUCAGUACAAUCUGGCUUUGCAGCACCAUCAUAGCUGCAUUCUCCUUCAGUUUUUCUUGUCAUGGCAUGUAUCUUGGGAACGCAAGCAGCAACUGUACUUAUACCAGGAACGUAUUGCUCAGCUAGCAGCCAGGAUUGCCUUGCGAAGAGCCUUCGUGCAGUGGAAAUUCUAUGUGUCACUGUGUGCUGAAGCUGCUGAACAUCAGGAGCUAGCUGAACACCAUUACAGAAGCCGCCUGUUGCUUCAUGGGUUUAAUGCCUUACGAAAGAAUGUAGAGGAGGCCAGUCUCAAGCAAAUGAGAAGAAAUUUGGCUUUUCGGCAGCAUCAGGUUAUGCUCUUACAGAGAUUCUGGAAUACUUGGAAGUCUUCCUUGGAACAGAAGGAGGAAGCACAGCACCGAUGUCUGACGCUGGCAGCUCAUUCUCACUACAGCCUGGUGUUGCUGCAGAAAUGUUUCUGGAACUGGUUGCAUCGUGCAAGCUGGAAAAGACACAGAAAGUUGCAGUAUGGAAAAGCUGAUGCUCACUAUGGGAAAAUAAUCUUGCUUGCCACGUUCCAAGCCUGGAAGCAAUUCAGGGCUUAUCAGUUAUGGUGGAAAGAGAUGAAAGGGAUGGCUGUGUGCUUUCACAGGGAAACAUGGACAAGAUGCUUAUUUGACAGGUGGCGGCUAAGAACACAUCUGCAGCAAGAGAACCAGGAGGCAGAAAAAAUGGCUGUCACACACCAUGAGCAACAGCUACUGGCUCACUUCUGGUAUUUAUGGUGCAGGAGAAUGGCAGUACAUCUAGAAGAGCAAGAAGAAGAGACCAUUGCGCAAGGACAUUACUGCCAUCAAACCGUGCAGGCCACUUUUCAUCUCUGGAAGAAGAACGUUCAGGAGAUUAAAGAAGGGAGAAUGAACAAGGAAAAAGCUUCCAGGUUCCAUUCUGUAAAGCUUAUGCAGAGCUCAUGGAGCCAGUGGCAACAGUAUUUGAGAUACCGGUCUGAGAAAUGGAGGAAGCUUGUGAAAGCAGAUGUGCAUUACCAGCAGGUUUUACUGCAUAGGACCCUUUCAGCCUGGAAGACAUACCAGAUUCAAGUACAACACAUUCUGAACGAAGUGGGCAAAAAAGAGAAGAAGCAUAAUCAGAAGCUGCUACGGCAGGUGCUGCAUACCUGGCGGGGGGAAGUAGCAUAUCUCAAGGAUGAAGCCAAGAAGGCUGCACUGGCAGAACAGCAUUGCAAAAGAAGAGUUCUCUCCAAGGUGAUGCUCCAGUGGAGGGACACAUCCUCCCUGCACGCAUACUGCCAUCAGCAAAAAGCAGCAGCUGUGAUGGAUGGCAGGAAACAUUUGCAUACUGUGAAGCUACGGGCUGCAUUUCUCCUUUGGAAGGAGGCCUACAUCAGAUCCUCAAGGCAGAGGGGGCUGCUCCUCAUAGCAGUUCAACACCACGGGAGGCAGCUGCUUCACAAGUGUGUGGCUGGGUGGAAGCAGUAUCACCUUUGGUGUAUAAGAAAAAUGCUCCUGAGAAGACAAGGAGACCAACUGAAGACCCGAAGGCUUUUUUCUACUUGCUUUGCACUGUGGAAGAUGCAGUUGGCACACAGGCGGUGGGAACAGCAGGAAACAGUGCGAGCCCUAUGGCACUGGUCCCUCUCACUGCAGGGAAAGGUAUUUGAUAGCUGGGUAGGAUUCCUCCUAGAACGGCGACGGAAAAAGGGUCGAAUAGAGAAAGCUGUGGAGGUUUACCGAGCCGACUUGCUGCAGGAGGGUGUGACGCGCAUCCUGAGAUACGCAGCUGGCAUGAAACAAUUUCGAGGGGAGCUACGAGCCCAACACCAACUGAAGAUGGCUAGUGAUCGCCACAGUCUGAUCUCUCGUUAUGCCAUGCUUUGGAAACAGAAGGCUCUCGGCCGGAAACAAGUCCUGUCUCUUCCAGGGACCCCACCCAAGAAGCGAGUUUCAUUUAAGGUGCCAACUCCAGAUGCAGCCUCCGCUAAUGGAGGUAGUAUGAAGGUGCUGAGUCUGUGCUCGCACCUAAGCCCUGCUCAAAGUGACAAUCCACCACUCUACUUGGCUGCUGGAGAUUCCAUCCUUACUAAGUUGCACUCAGCCCAGCAGGUGAGGCUGCAGCCACGUAGGCCUGAUUUCCUGCUGCCGCCUCUGGAGAGAAUGGAAAUGCCAGACCCCAGCUGGAACAGACUGGAAGCUGCAAGUGGACCUUCGCAGAGUAAUGCUCUGACCGAUCCAUGUUUUCCAUCGACCUCAGAGGAGCAAACCCGUGGCUUUGGCCGUUCCUCGCCUUCCCUUUUCAAAAAUGCUCUGCUGCCCUGCCAUUGGCCACACCAUACAGCUGGCCCCAAGCUGGAGCUGUUGCCUCCUUCCUCCUUUGUGUCACGACAGAAGAAUGGAGAGAAAAUGGGUGAGGAGCAACCUUUGAGCUUUCUCUCAAAGGGCUAUACCACAAGCCCUCCAGUAGCAGCCCCCCAAAAUGAGAAAGUGGCAACAGGCCAAAAAGAAGAGCUGCUCUUGCCAGAAGACUUUAUUAGGAGCAAGAGCCCUUUUCCCCUUUAUGGAAGGACAGGCCAACAAGAAAAUCAAAUGGACAGUUCCACACAGAAGGCAGAUAUCCAUAAGCAGCUGGAUGCUGAACUCCGACACAUUGGGCAGAAAAUGCAACAAUAUCACAGCAAUCAGCAGGCACUGAAAUCAUGCCAGAGUCGGCAACGCAUUUUGCUCAAGUGGCUAAAAAUGAGCACAGGGACUGAGGAGCAAGCAGCUGUCCAGCAAGUAAAAGAUGAGUUGGAUAAGCUGAAAGUCCAAAUCAACUCCCUUGCAAGCAGACUUGGAAAAGAGCGAGAAGAGAUGCAGGCCUACAGCACCCGCAUCCAGGACAUUCAAGCUGCUCUCAACAGCUAAAUGAUGACUUGCACAAUGUGCAGUGGAGCAGUUCAUCUUGAUGGGAUUCGGGGGCUUGCUCGCUUCAUGAACGCUUGCAAGGGACAAUGUUUCUGUAACAAGGCCAGGCACUUUAAACGUCUUUUUAAAAAUUCAAGCAGAGCAAGUCACUUGUUUUAUUUAAAAAAUGUUUGCAAUUAAGGAGUUAAUGUCCAUAAGUUGUACAUUUUGACAUACAAAAAUACUGUGCUACUGAUACAGUUGAAAAAUUAAAUGGAUUCUCCGUGUAGGAGAAAUUCACAGCAUCACCAAGAAACCCGCGUCCACUUAAUGUGACCUUUUCAGCACUGGCUGCCACAUGACCCGGCUCAGCACAGAACAUUCAUCCUGUAGAACUCUGUGCCUGGCACAGGCAAGAACAUCCUGGAAUUCAGACCAGUACAGCUAGAUAGGCUAAGAAAUGAGACGUUAAAGUUCAGAGCAUGGAUGGCUGUGCAGCCACAGUGGGAGCCAUUUGCUCGUCCAGUGGCUGGAACAAGGCUGCCCCUUUGGUGCCUCUUGUCUAUUUUCAGCUGUUUCAUAACUGUCCCUGUUCAACUGGUUUUGCCUCGUCAGUGAUGUACUAAUACAGGAGAUGUCAGCUAUCAUGGCAUUCUAGGGUUAAAAGAGGGUGACUUGCUACUUAAGAAACAAGCAGUAAACUGCUUUUUUGAAAACUGUAAACUGUAAAGAGAGGCGGACCAGGCAUCUUGAAGAAGUCUCUGCCCUACGUCAGUCCCACCACUAGAAAUACGGGGGGUCAGUAGAAGCAUUCAUGCCUCAACCAGGACAUUACACACCCAAACACACACACAGACCAGAAAGAUCUGCUCCACAGCAGGCACCUUAGUCUUUGUAUUUUAGGGGUGUGUGGGUGUAGCUUUCUCUUCCAGGUACUUCAUACUCCUUUUAUAUUAAAAGGAGAAGACUGUUGCUUUCUUGUCAUGUGCAUGUGUUGGGGGGGGGGCGGUGCUGGCAAGUAUACAUAUAAGGCUUAAGUUAAGCAUACACAAGGUGUUUUAAAGGGACAGUAUGUUUUAAAGCUAAAUAAACUCAGCACUCUGUUUA